AUGAUCAGCAAGUGGUUCGCUUCAUCUCGGGCGAGUCAAGUCGCCCGUCACGCAUCACUCGCGCUCCGCCCUCGUCUGAUCCGCACAGGUCUGCACGACAAGCAGCAGCACCGUUGUAGCAUGACCGAGAGCGUGGGACCUGUCGCGCGUCGUAUCCGUGAGAAGCUGCUGACUGCCUUUGCGCCGCAACAUCUGGACGUUGUGAACGAGAGCUCUAUGCACAAUGUACCCAAAGGCUCCGAGACGCACUUUAAGGUGGUCGUCGUCACCGACCAGUUCAAUGGGAAGCCGCUCCUCCAACGCCAUCGUAUGGUGAACGCUGUCCUACAGCAAGAGCUGGAUGAGGGCGUGCAUGCGCUCAGUAUCCUCAGCAAAACGCCCCAGCAGUGGGAAGCCAAUGCCGUGGUCAAGGCCUCGCCCAGCUGUCGCGGUGGCAUGGCCGCCGACGAGACCAAGAAGGAGUUUCUGGAGACUCUGAAGGGAAAGGCACAGCACGGAAUGGAGUGA